AUGCCCGUCCCAGGCCUUUUACUUGUGGAUUUCGGUUCCCCUGGAUCUGGGCCUGGGAGGCCUGGAUGUGGACAGAGCCUGUGCUUUGGCAGGAACUCAGUGGUGUCUUUGCUUAGCUGCUGGGGGCUGUGGCGCAGAGAACUGGAUUUGGGGCUGUCUCUGGUGACUCAGACAGUAAAAAAAUCUGCCUGUGAUGUGGGAGACCCAGGUUCGAUCCCUGGGUCGGGAAGAACCCCUGCAGAAGGAGAUGACAACCGACUCCAGCAUCCUUGUCUGGGAAAUCCCAUGGACAGAAAAGCCUGGCGAGCUACAGUCUAUGUGGUUGCCAAGGGUUAG